AUAUGUAUAGAAAUUGGCUGCGAAAACGUGACAUGCAACAACGGCGGCCGAUGCUACUUUUAUCUUGGACAGGCGAAAUGUCAGUGUGUACCUCCUUACACUGGCGACAACUGUAAUGAAGUGAUGUGUGGUGAAAACUUCUUUGAUCGCUUUUCUGGAAUCAUUGCCUCCCCAGACUACCCGCAGUUGCUCAGGGGAACGGUUCAGUGCCAGUGGAGUAUCACCGUCCCGAAGAACGCGACCAUCAAGCUCAACAUCUUCGACAUGACCAUGGAGUGCGCGACCAGUUUCUGGCAGGUCACGGGCACCGCACUGCAUAAACCAGAAGAGAAGUACGUUUUCUCAUACUGUUUCUAUCUUAAUCUGAAACUACAGUAUGUGCUUCCUAUUCGCUUUGAAAGUUUGACACUUCUAUGA